CUGAAAAGUGACAGCUCGCUUGCAACGUCCAAUUUUACCCAUUCCGAGCCUAUACAGGAGCCAUGACCCGAGAGAAGAAACAAUAAAACCACCAUCUCCACCUCUCCUCUCUCCAUCCUUUCCUCCUGCACCUCUCUCCUAUGUGCUUCUGAAGACAAAGUGAAACGGAACGGAAUGGCACAUAACCCCCGACGCAAUGGCACCCUCGUAUUAUAGCACACGCUCUUCCCGCGACCACUUCGUCGAACCGCCUUCCCUCCUCUCACGCGUGAUCGCCGGACUGCCUUCUGAACUCAGUGCACAGAUUCAAUCCCUAUGGGACCGAAACUCAUACGCCGCAGUCUCGACGAGGGAGUCGCGGAUACCGAGGGGCCUGAGGCAUUGGACUGAGAGAUGGCAUCCGAGACGGCUGCUCAAUCUGCCGCAUCUGUUGGUCCUGGUUUGGCUCUUGGUUCUACUGUGGGGUGAGAGAUGGGUGUUCGAAAGUGCAAUAAAGACGUGUGAAUGGGGGCGGUGGGAGAGAUGGCCCAGAGAUGCCACGCCCCAUCAUCUGGUCUUCCUUGCGGAUCCGCAACUUAUAGAUCCGCAUAGCUAUCCUGGGAGGCCAUGGCCUCUGGACAAAUUUACGAUGCUGCAUACCGACAAUUACCUCAAACGCUCCUACAUCUCGCUGCAGAAGAAGUUACAUCCAGAUACGAUAUUUUUUCUUGGGGAUCUGUUCGAUGGGGGGAGGGAAUGGAGGACGGCACAUGGGAAUACGGAUGACCCUCAAUGGGCGAAUGGGCUUAGACCAGCGGAUGAACAGGCAUACGUGAAAUCAUGGAGGAGAUACGGGGACGAUUUCUGGUUGCGAGAGUAUAACCGCUUUGGGAGGAUUUUUGAUAAAUACUGGAAUCUUGCGGGGUCGGACGCAGGGCCUUGGCAGAGAGGACGGAAGCUGAUUUCGAGUCUGCCCGGGAAUCAUGAUUUGGGAUUCGGGGCGAAUAUCAAGAUCCCCAUUCGGAACCGGUUCGAGACUUAUUUUGGGGAGGGGAAUAGGGUGGACGUUAUUGGGAACCAUACUUUUGUCUCGGUGGACUCGGUGUCUCUGAGUGCUGCAAGUUCACCGCACUUUACGAAGGAUAUUACCAAGCCGGUGGAGGAAUUCCUUUCCAACGUUCAGGUUAUGAAAAGGAAGGCUGUUGCCCACGAGCUGAGUUUCCAGGCAGGGGAAGAGAGAGUGCUGCGAUUGCCUCAUAAAGUUGAAGAGCUGGACAGCGCCGACUUUUCAAACUUCCCAACCCUCGACCCAGGAGAAGGCAAAGCUGAAUUACCCACAAUUCUGCUUACGCAUGUCCCUCUCUAUCGAGAAAAGGGAACUCCAUGUGGUCCCAAACGAGAACACUGGCCUCCAGCAACACCUCCGAAAGGCCAAACUACGCCCAUCUUCCCUGACGAACGGAAUGCUAUCUCCCUCUCCGGAGGUUACCAAUAUCAAAAUGUGCUCAGUGAAGAAGACUCCGUGAGACUCGUUUCCACAGUAGGAAACGUACAGAGAGUCUUCUCCGGAGACGACCAUGACUACUGCGAGAUCGUGCACGCAGAAAACAAAAACAGCGCCCGAGAAAUAACAGUAAAAAGCAUGUCAUGGGCAAUGGGCGUCCGCAAACCCGGCUUCCUGAUGCUCAGCAUGUGGAACCCGAUCGACGCCUCGGGGCAAUCAAUACACUCCUCUCCCUCAGGCCACGGAGCACUAUCCCAAGCUCACCCAACAACAGAAUCCCACCUCUGUCUCCUCCCCGACCAACUCGGCAUCUUCAUCCGCUACUUGUCUCUCGUAAUCCUCUCCCUCCUCGCGCUCACCAUCCGCGCCAUCCUCACGCCCAUUCUGCACCUCCCACACUUCGCCGACCCUCCCACCGAAACAGAUCUCUCCAUCCUCCCAACCACGAAACAAGACAUGAAGCGCCGCGAAGAAGACGAAGGCCACCGCUCCUCCAACUCCUCUACAUCAUCCACCUCCUCGAAUAACACCCAAAAUCUAGCCCCUCGCUCCUCAGCCGCGCGAACUAGGAGUGUGAGUCCGGCGAAGGGGUAUGGGCUCCCGAGUUCCCAGGUGCGGUUCACGACGCCGCCUCUUGCUACCUCUGUCCCUCAUUACGGAAAUGGAAACAGAAAUGGAUCGUGGGGGAACGAUUCCGAUGAUUUUAGCAAAGAAAAGGCAAAUGGAUACAGUAGCGUGGGAGGGGAAGGGCAGAAGAUGAGCCCGUUGCUAGUAAUUUGGAGGGAAGCUUCAAGAAGUAUCUGGCGCGUGGCGUGGGUAACUGUUCUAGUAUACUUAUAUCUUGCUUAUUAUGGGUGAACCUGGGAAGGUUGGAUACAAUUCUUUGUAUGUAUUUUAGGGAUCCUGGCAAGGAGGCUUACAUGGGUGGUAAAUGUGUGAAAGGCACCAAGGGUUUGGGUAAAAUGAAGCUGUAGAUGAACGCUAGACGAAUGGAAGUUUUGUCUUCCGUGUCUUCGAAUGCUGGUCGAUCAAAUGGUUCGAGUGCGUUCGUGUCUCGUUCAUCGUGUCAAGGUCAAC